GAGGGGAGUCAUUCUUGGACCUGCUGUAAACAGGUCUUGGUUAGAGUUUUUAUUCAAUGGCAUAUUCCAUUCAUUCUCUGGAAGCGAUUCAGAAAAAAAUAGAUGCUGUUAAACUCUUCCUCUCUGUUUCACUGAGCAUCGCCAAUGCCCACACUGUGGAUUUCUACACUUGCGAUGUAUGGGACCAGUUCAUGGCUGUGCCACCCGUGGAGGUCUUGACAGAGAUCACUUUGAAUGGUGACCACAAGAGGGCGCCAGAACACUACUUAAAUCAUGGCAGUGGUACCACCAAGAAGAUCACCUUUGGUUUCUGUGAUGAUAGUAAGCGCCUGGUGGAUGUAGCUGAGCUCUUGGAGGCUGCCUAUGCCCACUCCCUGCCUGGCCUCGGGGUCUGUGUGGGCCGCACAGAGCUACUGCAAUCCCUCAGACACACUGACAACGCUCAACCCCUGGAGGAAGUUCCAGCUGCUGUGGUGGAGAGUGAUGAGUUUAUGAACUCCAAGAAGUCCCACGAGGUGCAGGCCAUGUCAGAGGUGGUGAACAGCCUAGCCCAGCGCUGCCGGGUCAAACAGGUGAUUGAUGUGGGCUCGGGGAAAGGUUACCUGUGCUCCUUCCUGUCGCUGCAGUACGGCCUCCAGGUGUACGGCAUCGACUCGUCCAGCGUCAACACGCACGGCGCCCAGGAGAGGAACAGGAAGCUCAAGAAGUACUCCCGGGCCUACCAGAGGCACAGCAAAGCCAAUAGAACUCCGACAGUGAUGCCCCCCUCAGGCCAGGAGGACUUGGAGGAUAUUGCACCCGAGGACAAUUCCCUUCCAGAGUCGGACCAAAGUGACCCAGCCUCAGCUCCAGAGGAUCCUUUUCUCAGUGCCCUGUGUGUGGGCAUGGUGGAGCCCACCUCCCCCGGUUCCCCCAGUGAGUUGAGCCUGGAGGAGAGGGAGAGGAGGAAGAGGGAGAACCUGGAGAGGAAGGCCAGGAGCUGGGUUAACAGUGGUGGCAUGGGCAGCGGCAUGCUGUACUCACCUCUGACCUCCUACGUUACCGCGGAGACGGAGCUCAAGGAAAUUAUUGGGGAGUUAGAGGAUGCGGUCAUGGUUGGUCUGCACACGUGUGGAGACCUGGCGCCCAGCACCCUGCGCAUGUUUGUGGCCAAACGGGAGCUCCUCUCCGUCUGCAGCGUUGGCUGCUGCUACCACCUUCUCUCUGAGGAGUUUGAUCCCACCAGACAAGAGUGUCCAAGCAGCAGUGUGUGUGGUUUCCCCCUGAGUGGCUACCUGAGGGAGCAGUCCUGGUUCUGUGGCAGAAAUGCCAGGAUGUCAGCGUGUCUGGCUUUGGAGAGAGUUGCCAAGGGCCAAGGGAUUCAGAUGGAGUCACUCUUCUAUAGGGCCGUCCUCCAUGUGAUUCUCAGGGAUCACUACAGCUCCUUUAAAAGCGAGAAGCGUGUGGGGAACGUUUACUCCAAGGCCACCUCGUUCGUGGACUACGUCUGGAGAGCCCUCCGGAGGCUGGAGCUGGAUGAGUCAAAGCUCUCUGACAGUGUCAUACAGGGUUACCACGACACAUACCGACCCAGGAUGGUUGAGAUGGAGGCCUUUAACAUGCUGAAGGUGACUUUGGCUCCCUGCAUCGAGGGUCUGAUUCUCCUGGACCGCCUCUGCUACCUGAAAGAGCAGGAAGACGUGGCGUUCUCCACUCUGGUGCAGCUCUUUGAUCCUCUGUUGUCGCCGCGCUGUUACGGAGUUGUCGGAGUGAAGGCACCUGGGACGGAGUUGUCAGAGUGAAGGCACCUGGGACGGAGUUGUCAGAGUGAAGGCACCUGGGACGGAGUUGUCAGAGUGAAGGCACCUGGGACGGAGUUGUCGGAGUGAAGGCACCUGGGACGGAGUUGUCGGAGUGAAGGCACCUGGGACGGAGUUGUCGGAGUGAAGGCACCUGGGACGGAGUUGUCGGAGUGAAGGCACCUGGGACGGAGUUGUCGGAGUGAAGGCACCUGGGACGGAGUUGUCGGAGUGAAGGCACCUGGGACGGAGUUGUCGGAGUGAAGGCAACUGGGACGGAGUUGUCGGAGUGAAGGCACCUGGGACGGAGUUGUCAGAGUGAAGGCACCUGGGACGGAGUUGUCAGAGUGAAGGCACCUGGGACGGAGUUGUCAGAGUAAAGGCACCUGGGACGGAGUUGUCAGAGUGAAGGCACCUGGGACGGAGUUGUCAGAGUGAAGGCACCUGGGUCGGAGUUGUCAGAGUGAAGGCACCUGGGUCGGAGUUGUCGGAGUGAAGGGACCUGGGAUGGAGUGAAGGGCCCUGGGACGGAGUGAAGGCAUCUGGGACGGAGUGAAGGCAUCUGGGACGGAGUGAAGGGACCUGGGACGGAGUGAAGGGACCUGGGACGGAGUGAAGGGACCUGGGACGGAGUGAAGGGACCUGGGACGGAGUGAAGGGACCUGGGACGGAGUGAAGGGACCUGGGACAGAGUGAAGGCAUCUGGGACGGAGUGAAGGCAUCUGGGACGGAGUGAAGGGACCUGGGACGGAGUGAAGGCAUCUGGGACGGAGUGAAGGCAUCUGGGACGGAGUGAAGGCAUCUGGGACGGAGUGAAGGCAUCUGGGAUGGAGUUGUCAGAGUGAAGGCACCUGGGACGGAGUUGUCGAAGUGAAGGGACCUGGGACGGAGUUGUCGGAGUGAAGGGACCUGGGACGGAGUUGUUGGAGUGAAGGCACCUGGGAUGGCAUCAUAGAGUUCUUGGAGAUGGGACAAACUGCAUUUCCUGCCAUUUGUAUGUUUUAUUUUAUUCAAGGGUUUAAUGUGAUCAUGUACUGCUUACUCAGUCACGUACACAUGUGGGAAUGGGAUCAUUGUUUAGUGUUUUCUCUACUUUUGCCUCCUCUGGUUUCUGCCAGUCAUGCUGUGCUAUGGGCUGUACUAUACCAUAUUGUGUUAAUAAAUCAUUUUUAGAAGAUAAAAAA